ACCAUGCCGAUAGUCGAUAAAUUGAAGGAAGCCCUGAAACCUGGCCGCAAGGAAUCUGCCGAUGAUGGGGAGCUGGGGAAGCUUCUGGCCUCCUCUGCCAAGAAGGUCCUUUUACAGAAGAUUGAGUUUGAGCCAGCCAGCAAGAGUUUCUCCUACCAGCUGGAGUCUUUAAAGAGCAAAUAUGUGUUGCUGAACCCCAAAACAGAGGGAGCCAGUCGCUACAAGAAUGGAGAUGAAGCCCAGGCCAGGAGACAGGGCAGCGAGCAUGCAUACGAGAGCUGCAGUGAUGGUGUCCCAGCCCCACAGAAAGUGCUGUUCCCCACUGAGCGCCUGUCUCUGAGGUGGGAGCGUGUGUUCCGCGUCGGCGCAGGCCUCCACAACCUGGGCAACACCUGCUUCCUGAACUCCACCAUCCAGUGCUUGACCUACACGCCGCCUCUGGCCAACUACUUGCUGUCCAAGGAGCACGCUCGCAGCUGUCACCAGGGGAGCUUCUGCAUGUUGUGUGUCAUGCAGAACCACAUCGUCCAGGCCUUUGCCAACAGUGGCAAUUCCAUCAAGCCUGUCUCCUUCAUCCGAGACCUGAAAAAGAUUGCCCGGCAUUUCCACUUUGGGAACCAGGAGGACGCGCACGAGUUUCUCCGGUACACCAUUGAUGCCAUGCAGAAGGCCUGCCUGAACGGCUAUGCCAAGUUGGAUCGUCAAACACAGGCUACUACGUUGGUCCAUCAGAUUUUUGGAGGGUAUCUCAGAUCGCGUGUGAAGUGCUCGGUGUGCAAGAGCGUCUCGGACACCUAUGACCCCUACCUGGACAUUGCGCUGGAGAUUCGGCAAGCUGUAAAUAUUGUGCGUGCUCUGGAACUUUUCGUGAAGCCAGAUGUCCUGACUGGGGAGAAUGCCUACAUGUGUGCUAAGUGCAAGAAGAAGGUUCCAGCCAGCAAGCGCUUCACCAUUCACAGAACGUCCAAUGUCUUAACCCUCUCCCUCAAGCGCUUUGCCAACGUCAGUGGGGGGAAGAUCACCAAGGAUGUAGGCUAUCCAGAAUUCCUGAAUAUCCGUCCGUAUAUGUCCCAGAGUCACGGCGACCCUGUCAUGUAUGGGCUCUACGCUGUCCUGGUCCACUCAGGCUACAGCUGCCAUGCUGGGCACUAUUACUGCUACGUGAAGGCAAGCAACGGACAAUGGUACCAGAUGAAUGACUCCUUGGUCCACUCCAGCAAUGUCAAGGUGGUUCUGAACCAGCAGGCAUACGUGCUGUUCUACCUGCGAAUUCCAGGCUCUAAGAAAAGCCCAGCGGGCUCCCUUUCCAGAACAGUCUCCUCCCUUCCCAAGCACCCAAGUGCAGCCCCAGAUCACGUGAAGAAGCACGUGGGCAAUGGGGUUGCUUCCUGCCCCCCGACUGGAAAGCGACAAGACUCUGUGGCCAUGAGAAAGCUGCAGACAACUGAGGAGAUUGGCGUGCCCAUUUCCAGGAAUGGCUCCAUGCCAGGCCUGAAGUCCCAGAACGGAUAUGUUCCUCCGAAGCCACCCUUGGGGUCCCCUUCCCACAAACUCUUCCCAACUCCCGCACACAUGCCAACCAUCCUCGAUGAGCCCGGGCAGAAGGUGAAGAAAGCGGCCCCCCCACAGCUUUUCUCCCCAUCGCUCACGACUCCUCAGGGGUCACCUGGUACCAGCCACUCGAGUAGCAGCAAAUCCAGGAGCGGAAGGCAGGGUUCCUGGGACAGCAGGGACACAGUCCCAUCUACCUCACCUGAGCUCCUGGCUGAAGCCACUGCCAAUGGGCAUGGGCCGAAGGGGAGCGGUGAGCGCUCAGACCUGGAGAGGAGGGGCUCCGGCAGCUCCAGCCUAGAGCAUUCUGCCAGCAGUGACUCUGUCAAGGCCCCCCAGGCCCCCAAGAGUGGAGCUGCCCAUUUCUGUGAAUCUCAGGAAACAAACUGUCCCCCCACGGGUCACUCCAAAGUGCUGCCAACUGGAACAGAUUCUAAGAGUGUGAAGCUGAAGUCCCCUGUCCUGGGCAAUGCUGCCACAGAGCCUGCAAACAUCAUGUCUCCUCCACCAGCCAAAAAACUGGCCCUUUCGGCUAGGAAAGCCAGCACCCUGCGGAGGGCGACCGGCAAUGACCUCCGUUCACCUCCCCCCUCACCAUUCUCCGGCCUCACCUCCCCCACGAAAACCACUCACCCUGCCGUCGCCGCCAUGUGGCCUGUCCAUCAAGCCAGCUGUCCUCACAGGGCUGUGUCACCUGCUCCCAGACCAUCCAGCCGACCGAAGCCUCCCCUCAGCCCCCACUCCACGCCACUGGCCAGUAGUACCCAGCCCCCAGCGAUGUCCCAACUAUGGAGCUGCCCCUCCGCCUCGACUGCCCUGCCUCAGGUCAAUGGGGACUGCUUGUCCCCUUCACACCAGCCACCACAGGCCAGCGAGGCCCCUCCCAGCCCCUGUAAGAAGAGGAAGAAGACCCACGUGGGAGUGCUCCCAAGGCUGGGCUCAGAGAUGCACCUCUCAGGGCACCCUGCGGGUGCAGCUGCCAUGCCUGGCAGGAGGAGGAAGAAGAGCAAGAGGCCGCGCCCAGAGGAGGCUGUCCCACGGGAGGGGCCCAUGCAGAGGCAGCUUGGGGGCCCUGAGAGCAGGACGAAGGGCCCGGCAGAGCUGCCAGCUAGCAGCCAGGUGGAGGAGGGCAGACGCCCGCAGGUGGCCGGCCACCCCGUGAGCAGCAGGAAGCGGAGGAGGAAGGGAGCAGAGGUGCCCGGCGGGGAAGACGGCCUCCACCAGCACGCAGCUGGGCACAGCUGCUCUCCUAGGCACAGUGGCGAGCCAGAGACCACGGCAGAACCUCCAAGGAAGAAGAAAAGGAGAAGAAGAAAGCAGGAGUCACAGCAGGCAGGAGGAGAGGAGCGUCCACAGGGCCAGAGGAGUGUCAGGCCCAGCCAUGCUGCUGUCCCUGAGUCGAGCAGCCACGCGCCAUCCGUGAAUGGUCAGCUUCCUGGGGCCUGCACGGGGCUGGGACGGGCUCCUCUUGAAUCCUGGAACAGAGAGCAAGAAUCCGAUGUAGUCCAGGAACUGCUCAAGCAUUCAUCUGAUAAAGCUUAUGGGAGGAAAGGUACUGGUUUUGAUUGGUUUAUUUUGAAGAUGGCGAAGGUAUGGAAGGGGUCCUGGUGUACUGUGAGUGUGGGGGGCAGGCGUCACUCAGCUUUAAAGAUGAGAAGAGGAAUCUAAACGUUUGUUUAGGAUCCUCUUUAACCCCCCACCUCUAGCCAUGGCACGAAGGUGGGUUCUGUCAUGGAGGGACCCAGAACAUCUUCUCCUACAAGUCCGGGAGCAGGGGAAAGAGCAGAGCGUCUCCUCCGGGCAGGCUGGGCUGGGCAGAGUAUUAGGGUCUCUAAUAGGGGACGGGGCAGAGUGAGAAAGAUCUAGCACCAGCAAUGUCGGUUCUUACCUGGAACAUUAUUUUUGUAAAUCAGACUUCGAGAACAAACCUGAGGUCUUUGUUUAUCAGACAAGGGCAUGAGUUUAAAAAGAACCGAAGUUUGCAGGUUGGUGAUACAGAGAGUUUAAUUGAGAGUCACUGAUGAUGUGUCUCUGUUGACCAUCAUGUACAAAUUGGAUUACUCUGUCCUCCCCUUUUCUGUCUUUGCAUGUCCAUUUUCACCAAAA